UACGACCCGCAGUGACCCAUCACUAAGCAACAUGAAAGCCUUCGUUGCGUGCAUAGCCCUCGCGUUGGUAGCGUGCUCAAGCGCCGAGCCUCCAUCCGGCUACAGCUACAACCGCCCAUCAGGCGGUGGCGGCGGCGGUUUCAGCGGCGGCUUCGGUGGUGGCUUCAGCGGUGGCCUGAGCGGCGGCGGUGGCUACAGAGCCGUCUCCUCCGGCUACCAAACAUCCGAAGGCCAGAACGUCGACCCUCAACUCCUCGAACAAGUCCGCCAGAUCCUCCUUAAAGAGGAAUCUUCCUCUUCCUCCGGAUCUGGAUUCGGUGGUGGCCACAGCGCUCCAUCCUCUUCUUACGGCGCACCAUCCUCGUCUUAUGGAGCCCCAUCCAGCAGCUACGGCGUCCCAUCAGCCCGCGUUGUAGGCAUCAACCUCGAGGGAGUUCGUCAGGCCAUCCAAGUCGCCCAAUUCGAGCAGUCCGGCGGUUCCUCCGGUGGUUACCCAUCUGGACCUUCAUCAUCGUAUGGAGCGCCAGCCCGCACUCCAUCCGGCAGCUACGGUGCCCCCUUCUAAGUUAAAUAACUUGAUUCCGAACGCCCCCAACCUUUCGUAGUUCGGAUGUUUGUUAUUCGGGCAUGUCUGCAACCGCCUUUGGGCAGCUCGAAUGUGUAUACCAAUCGACCGGCAGCCACGUACAAUGUAGGUGAUGCCGGUCCGGCCGUGUUGUGACCACCAGGCCAACGCUUGCGACUAUGCACGAACACGGGUUCUGCCCCAGCGGCGAGCCAGUCGUCUGCGGAGUCAGCUCUCAAGAGAUCCUUGCGUGUUGACUCCUAUAGCACGAAGUGGCUUCCCGCUGGGUUCGGCUCAUGUCUUGUAUAAAGUUAUCUUAAGGUUAGCUUAAUUUAUAAUAUUAAGUUUUUAUUUUUGUUUACAAAAAAAUAAAUACAU